AUGGCUUCUCUUAUACUUCUCUUUCUCCUCUACUCACUGAUUCUGCAAUCCAUCAGUGUUGCAGCACAAACCAAAAGUACCCUAGCCACUGGUGAUUCUUUUACUGCAAGAACCAAAACCUCUCAAUGGCUGUUUUCACCUUCUGGUGACUUUGCCUUUGGUUUUCUUCCACUUAAAGACACUAUUUUUUUGCUUCCCAUUUGGUAUGCCAAAAUUUCUGAGAAAACUAUUGUGUGGUAUGCUAAUGGAGACAAUCCUGCACCAAAAGGGUCAAAAGUUGAACUCACUGCCAAAGACGGGUUGGUGCUAACUUCUCCAAAUGGUGUCGGGUUAUGGAAUACUACUGACGUACUCAGCGAUGGAAUUUCUCAUGGUGUGUUAAAUGACACUGGCAAUUUUGUUCUUCAGGAUGAUGAUUUCAAAAAUCUCUGGGAGACUUUCAACUUUCCUAGGGACACAUUGUUGCCGUCUCAAGUUCUUGAGAAAGGUGUAAAGCUUAGUUCAAUGCUUAAGGAGACAAAUUUCAGUAAGGGGAGGUUUGAGCUCCAUUUACAAAAUGAUGGUGAUCUUGUUAUGUAUUCUAUUAAUUUACCAUCUAGUUAUGUUAAUGAAAACUAUUAUGAAAGUAGCAUUGUUGGAUCCAAUACAUCAAGUGCUGGAGCUCAAUUGGUCUUUGACAGUUCAGGGAAGUUGUAUGUCUUGAGAGAGAACAACGAGAAAUUCUAUAUGUCAGGAGAAAAUGGAGAAGAUAAUUACCUUAAUGAUGUUUCCAGCUUUGAUUUUUGCCUCAGAGUAACUCUUAAUUUUGAUGGAGUGUUUUCACUUUUUUAUUAUCCGAAGAGUUCAAUGGAGUGUGAUCAUAUUGUCGCUUUUGGCAGUGGUGUUUGUGGAUACAAUAGCAUUUGCAUUUUGGGAGAUGAUAAGAGACCAACCUGUCAGUGUCCAAAAAGUUACUCACUGGUUGAUCCUGAUGAUCUAUAUGGUAGCUGCAAGCCAGAUUUCAUACAAGAAUAUGAAGAAGAUGAACUUAGUGAAAAAAGCAAUGAUCUCUAUGACUUUGAGAUUUUGUCUGAGACUGAUUGGCCUCUAUCAGAUUAUGUGCUUCAAAGGCCUUUUACUGAAGAACAGUGUAGGAAAUCUUGUCUGGAAGAUUGUUUGUGUUCUGUGGCUAUUUUUAGGAUAAGUGAUAGUUGCUGGAAGAAGAAGUUACCACUCUCAAAUGGGAAAUAUGAUCCAACACUUACUAAGGCUAAGGUCUUCUUGAAAGUGAGAAAAGAUAAUACCUCCAUUGCUUCUCUCCCAAUCCCAAUCAUUGUGAACAAGAAUAAUAAGGAAACUUUGGUUGUGGUUAUUUCUGUGCUUUUUGGUAGCUUUGCAAUUCUCAAUGUUGUAUUGAUUGUAGCAAUAUGUGUCAGCACCUCCAUGAUUCUUUGGUACAAGAAGAAGCUUAGAAGAUUUAGCACAAGUGAGACUCGUGUUGAAACCAAUCUGCGUUGCUUCACUUACGAAGAGCUUGAAAAAGCUGCCAAUGGAUUUGACAAAGAGCUAGGAAGGGGAUCUUUUGGUAUUGUUUAUGAAGGAGUCAUCAACAACAACACAUGUUCCGAAACUCGCGUGGCGGUGAAAAAGUUGAACAAUUUUGUGUUGGAUCAAGCUCAUAAGGAAUUCAGAAAUGAAGUGAAUGUCAUCGGUCUCACUCAUCACAAGAGUUUGGUUCGUUUACUAGGAUUUUGUGAGGGUGGAUCUGAAAGAUUGUUGGUUUAUGAGUACAUGAGCAAUGGCACUUUGGCGAAUUUACUUUUCAAUACUGAUGAGGAGAAACAGAAACCAAGUUGGAAACUAAGACUUGAAAUUGCAAUAGGGGUAGCUAGAGGACUUGUGUAUUUACAUGAAGAGUGCAUCACUAAGAUCAUCCAUUGUGACAUAAAGCCUCAAAACAUACUCCUUGAUGAUUAUUUCAAUGCAAGAAUUUCUGACUUUGGAUUAGCCAAGCUGUUAAACAUGAAUGAGAGCAAAACCAAUAUUGGCAUAAGGGGAACAAAAGGGUAUGUUGCAGUUGAAUGGUUUAAAAACAUGCCUAUCACAGCUAAGGUGGAUGUGUACAGUUAUGGAGUAGUGCUACUUGAGAUAAUUUCAUGUAGAAGGUGCGUUAAAGAAAUGGAUCCUGAAGAUGAAAAGCAAGCUAUAUUAACCAAAUGGGCUUAUGAUUGCUACAAAGAAGGUGUUUUAGAUGCCUUGGUUGAAGGUGACAAUGAGGCAUUGAAGGAGAAAGAAAUGUUAGAGAAACUGGUAAUGAUUGCUCUUUGGUGUGUUCAAGAGGAUCCACAUCUUAGACCAACCAUGAGAACUGUGGUACUUAUGCUCGAGGGUACUGUUGAAGUGCAAGCUCCACCGUACCCUUCACAAAUUAGUAUUCAAUAUUGUGUAAGUUAG